UGGACAGACUUUUAACAAUUUGGGAAACACAAAUUUUGCAGCUUCCUCAAGACGUUUUUCUUAUCUUUUCCUGUGGGACUCUGAGCAACAGCAGCAGCAACAACAGCAGCAGCAGCAGCAGCAGCGGGUCUGGAUGACUUCUCCUUCUCUUAGACUCGGGUCACGGUGACUACAGAGGAAUGGGACCGAUGUAAACAGCUGGUGGGAGAAAACAAACUCUACAGAGCAACAGUUUUUCAGAGAUCACAGAAAGAGGGAGGAUGAUCCCGCCGGCCAACAUGAUUCAGGACGAAAGUGGGGGCAAAGAGGACGAACGGGACCAGAAUGAGACACCAAAAUCCCCGACGGCAAACGCCAGCCAGCAGGAAACCAAGAAUACUGUGAGGCCUGAACAUCAAAAGCGCAAGCUGCAGAAACUCAAACGCUCCUUGUCCUUCAAGACCAAAAGCAUCCGCAGCAAGAGCGCUGACAACUUCUUCCGAACCAGCAGUGACAACAAGACGGAGCUGCUCUCUGACGUGAGCAGCAGCACGGGCCAUCUCUGCAAUAUCGGGAUGGCCCCGCCGCACACCACCAACCUUCCCAUCCCUCCUGUCCCUCCGGCAAUCCCCUGUGCUCCUCCUCCCACAUCACGCUCCCAGUCACGCAACCCGCUGCAGGUAGACUCUGCGGGACACUGCUUUAUGGAGCACAUCUUCAAGAAGCCCACAUUCUGUGACGUCUGCAACCACAUGAUCGUAGGUACCACAGCCAAACAUGUGGUGUUCUUGGCGGGAAACACAGCAAAGCAUGGCCUGCGUUGCAAAGCCUGCAAGAUGAGCCUCCACCACAAAUGUGAGAAUGGAGUGGGACAGCAGCGCUGCAUGGGAAAACUGCCAAAAGGCUUUCGGCGGUACUACAGCUCCCCAUUACUGAUCCAGGAACAGUAUGGCUGUAUCAAAGAAGUUAUGCCCAUUGCUUGUGGCAAUAAGGUGGACCCUGUGUAUGAGGCCUUGAGGUUUGGGACAUCCCUGGCACAAAAGGCAAAGAGGGCCAGUGGCUCUGAGUCUCCACACAGAAACUCGACCAGUGACUUGGAUAAGGUUCCAGAGGAGGUGGUGGCUCACAGCAGCAGGCAGGAGCUGUCGAGAAAACACAGUGAUGAUGUCUUCACAGUCAUUGAGAAUGGGACGGAGCAUUACCACCAGCCAGAGGGAAAACCCGAUGAUUUGCCAUUGGAGCAGAGCCAACUACAGAAAGACAUCCUCAAGCUCAACACAUAUGUGGCUUUGUACAAUUUCACUGCCCAAGAGAGCCAUGACCUGGAGAUGAGAGCAGGAGACAGGAUCUUAUUGGCUGACGACUCUAAUGAUGACUGGUGGAAGGGGGUAAUUGAGGACAGGAUUGGUUUCUUCCCAGCAGCCUUUGCUCAUCAGGUGCGGGUGGGGGACCAAGUGUUCAGGUGUAACAGGACGUUCAUCGGCUGUAAGGAACAAGGCCAGAUCACCCUGAAGGAGGGACAGAUCUGUGUAAGCAGUGAGGGCGAGCGCAGCGGCUUCAUCCGAGUGGCGUGUGGAAAGAAGAGAGGCUUUGUGCCCUGUGACGUCCUGGAAAUCAUCUGAGAGAAACACUCAGGGAGCCGAAGAUGGCGAGAGAGAGAGGGAAGAUGGGAUCAGCCGCCUGGAGGCCAGAGGAGGAGGAAACUGAACCGACAAAAUGGCUACGAGGCACCAGUGAGGGAGUUUUCUCUCUGAAGAAACUGGAGUUUGAACUUAAAGGUGAUGCUGGUUUUGUCACUGAGGACUCCACUUUGUUGCAGGUCAGAGUCUCUGUACUUUCCUCACUCCCUCUCAGCACAAGGAGAGAGAUGCUGAGAUGACUGUUUGUUGUUUGCAAGAUGACAGGAGAUCACUGUAUCACUGGAUUUGAUUUAAUUUAUAGAGCCAAUGUGUGUGUGUGUG